CCCUGAGUUAUUUAGCGGGCACUCGAACCGUGCAACAAACCUGCAGUCUGGUCGGGUAGAACAUAAAACUCCACCCCCACCCCAUCCCUAACUUGGUGAAAUGUCAAUUAUAACUAAAACAUACUGGUUUUCAUCAUGACGCAAUCGAUCAAGUGUUUUAUGGUAACAAAACUUUCCUGCAGAUUUAGUAUCGUGACAUGCAACUUAAUUGUCAUGCUGAAGAUUGGCUCCUUCUCUGGUCUCUAUUUAUCGCCUUCCGAACGGAAAAAUGACCGACCCUGCCUUAGCAACAGUUGAGAUCUCAGAAGCAACCAACAUUUCAUUGUCGGUCUGCAUCUGUCUCCUUUUCCAACUUUACCUUUUCCAAUUAAAAUCUAAAACCGGUAUGUUCAGGGAUUCUUACCAUUGCCGUUACAGCAGCCUUUUUCUCAAAACCAUCCUUUCAGAAAGGAGUCGAACAUAUACCAUUUCCGCCACAUCAGACUGUAUACAUUUGUAACCAUCAGAAGCAAGAUCCUGUUACCUCUUUGCAAAAUCCUCCAACAAUUCCUGCAGAGUUUUUUAGUAUGCAGUGCAGUUACCAACAGGUAAUAGUCCUCUUGAAUCUUAGCCGACCUGAAAUAUUUAAGCGCCUUUCCCCUUAACGCUUCAACAAUCCUGUCAUAUAUUUGAUUUGCGCCCGAACAAUAUAUAUAUCCCGGCUAUUCUCUGAAAUUGUAUUUCAAAGAGUCUCCAUUCUACAUUACAAUCAAAUGUUGCCAUCCUAGAUGGUGGAGAUACCCCGCGGUAUUUAUCACAAUCUGUUGCAUGUCUUUUUUCAAACCACUCAUAUCGGUACGAGGCAUUUCAUCGGUAAAGCAUCCUAGGAACCGUCCCGCACAGAACCCGUCUGCUUUUGAACUGAAAUGGCAGUCUUCGAAGCUCUUGUUUUGUUUUGAUCACCUCUUUCCGUCUUCAAAGUAAGGUCUGGUUUCCUAUAUACUCCAUAAAAUCUCAGUUUGUAAUCUCUCAAACAUUGGGAGUAGAUCAGUUUCGGGGCUUAACAACUCAAACUUCAUCCCCAUAUCAGCUAUCACAGGAUCUGAUAUUACCACCACUUGGUGGCCAUUAUUCCUGGCAGCAAUUAUUGCUGUAAAUACCUGAUCUUGUUGUCUGUUCUUUUAGUGCCUGUUCAGCCUGCCUAUCCAAACGCGCUUCCAAUGUUUUCACUGCCUUAUAUAUGCGUGUUUUCCUCAUUGAAACAUAAUAUUGACUUUAAGUCUUAAAUUUCAGAACACAGAAAAUGAUUAGUUCUUAACAGAUUAACAGGCACCUCGCCCUCAGAUUUCUUCUGCCUCCACCAUCGUCAGGCACUUGUUUAAAUGCAAUAGCGUUGUUAUCAAAUAAGCCCUGGAGAUGCUACAGUUUAAAGCAAGCCCCAUUCUUCUCCCGUAUUCUGAGGAAUGCCGACGACCAAGACGUGCCAAUUUCAUGCAAAGUUUGCAGCUCAACCUUUGUGGGCAUUUUCACUGGUUUCGCCAUCGUCAUUAUAAGGGAUGAUUACUUCCAAAGAAGUUACGAACUUACUAAAUAUACUAAUUAGCUCAGAAAUACUAUGCUCAGACGCAGUAGGUCACAGAAGGAUACAAUCUAUAUGAAUAAGACAAACAAACAAAACUUAUAUUCAAAACAUGGAAGAUACGCUAAUCCCAAUAUGACGACUAUCAAUGAAAGUAUACCUUAAAGUCAAAUUUUAACCAAAAUAUAGGUCAGUAAGAUUACAACAUACGCGAGUCAGGCUCCGUGUAAGACUCUCACACCAACGUUCUAUAAUUAUCUUAGAUGAAGAUUUUGAAUUUCAGAAACAAACCCUUUGCUGUAGUUCAUGUUAGUGUGUGUUAUAAUCACGAUACGGGAAAUCCAGAAGUCCAAAGCGAGGCUGACGAGGGCGUGUCCGAAGAUUAGUGGUAUAUCUCACAUUUCUCUCCGACAUUCUACUGCUGCAGUUACACUAUAAAAUUAUUAUCUGUUUUGCUUGUUAUUUAUUUGUCAGCUAGUGAUAUCGGGACAUCCGUAAAAUUAUGUCGGACAGGAGCUGGACUAUAAAUAUAUCUGGAUGAUAUGAAAUCAUAACCGGAAGUUCAUGUAUACUUAGUCCAAUCAAAUGAUAUUCGUGCUUUACAGAAAUUAUAUAUAUCUCCACCGUUCGAUCACCUCCCAUUAUAUGAUAGGUAUCGUUAUCGUAUGUACGUUAUAAUAUGAAUCUGCACAUGUGCAAUAGCCGUAUGUUGAAGCGAGACCUAGCGAUAUAAGGUGAAGGCCACACAUGCUAUAUAUAUAGAUGGGCAGACACUUAUCGUUCACACUUUUUCAGCAAGAUGGUGUACAAACUUGUGAUUCUUUCAGCUUUCUUAGGAAUGGCUUUGGCCAAUUCUGUUAAAUUUCAAGACUGUGGUUCCAAGGGAGCGACUAUACACAGUGUGGAUGUUGGAGGAUGUACAGCUGAGCCAUGUCAUCUUGUUCACGGCAAGAAUGCCACCAUGGUCGUCAACUACACAGCAAAUGAGGACGUGACACAUCCAACUAACUCCAUAUAUGGUAUUAUUGCCGGCGUAAAUGUCAAAUUCCCAUCGCCUUUGGAUUGCUGUACAAAUAAAAAUGUUGUUUGUCCUAUCAAGAAGGGUACUUCCUCACAGUAUAACAUCGUCAUCUAUGUUUCUCCAUCUUACCCAAAGAUCUCCGUUCUUGUUAAGUUGGGCAUUCUUGAUGACAACAAACAGGACUUCCUGUGUCUAGUGUUUCCCGCCGUCAUUGCCGACAGUUGAAGAAAAUACUCUUCGCAAACUAGUAACGCAAGAUGCUAAAAAUGUCAUUUAUCCAUGAUUUUGUAUACGAGUAAAUAUUGCAAUUCAA